CUCGGUACCGGGAACCUCGGUUCGUGAUGAAUAGCAUGUAAUGCUCAUUAGCAGUUGCAUACUGUAGCAGCGACAUAUGCCAGACACUAGACGUCGUAACAACCCAAGCGAAACCGGGGGGAGCCAACUGGAGGAGCUGAAUCCCAGUCAAUCCUAACCCGCUCCGAUGCAGACGCUGCAUCGGGGCAACCCUCCACCUUACCCGGGAUCUUCUGAAAUCCCCUCAACCGUUGGACACUCAUGAAACCUCUCUGUAUAUAACGGCAUGUUGAACACAAUUCGCACAUGCCAAUUGCAAAACGAAGACUCUUCGCUAUUCGACUACUCACCCGCCGGACAAAAUGUCUACCGAUAUUCCCCUUUCAGACUAUCUUAGCAUCCGCAAUGUGGCCUUUGAAUGGGCAGAGAGCUACGACACUAAGGACUGGGGCCGUCUGAGAGAAUGCCUUGCCCCCUCGGUCCGCCUAGACUUUCGUAGUCUCCGUGGGGUACUACACGAGAAUCUAACUCCAGAAGAAUACUCGACUAUUCUUAUUGGCGUGAUCGGAGACAAGCGAUUGAAGACGCAGCAUUUCCUUGGUGGAGCACAAUGGGAGCUCCUGAGUGACGGAAGCGUUCGCGUCGCGCAUCAAAUCCGAGUGGCCCAUCAACGAUAUGCCGACGAGACGCUGGCUGAAGUGACAAACAAAGGGCAUGCCCACGGUGUCACAACCCAUUGGUACAAAAAGAUUGACGGGGUCUGGAAGCUGGAGGGCGUUGCACCCAGGCUUGAGUUCAGCGAGUAUGACUUAUUCGGCACCCUUGCUCCGCCCAAGGAUGAUUGAGGCAGCUUAAGGAGUCAAAGAGAAUAGCGUUGCUAUAAUACAUACUAUUCAUGCUAGUAAUGACACGAAGGUCGUGGCUCCUGACUAUUGUAGCGACUAAUACUAGGGGUUCCAUGUAACUUCAACCAUAGCGAGCUUACAUCCCUCUGGUCUUCGUACUCCUUCCAUAGUGAAGCGAGAAUCGCUUAGCUCCAGGACUCGUCUAAAUUCUUCCGCUGAUCUAUCCUUUCCAUUUGAGAUUGUUGCCAUGAUAAAAUCCUGCUGAAAAUUGAACUUGCCGGAUAAUUUCUUGACCGGUCUAUCCUCCAAGACGGAAUCCCAAAUUAGGAUCUUGGAGCCCUUUCGCAAGCCCGGGAUGAGAGCACGUAGGAUGAUCGCGCUGUGGUGAUCACUCCAGUUAUGAAGACAUCUGCUGAUUAAAUAUGCGUCUGGAGGGUUUUCUGAUGACUGGGUUUCCAUGAAGUUUUGCUCCUUGAAAGAGAUUCGUUCUCUGAACUCAGAUGGGAGCAUUUUUCGACCCUUCUCCACAACAUGUGGAAGAUCGUGGAUUGUGAAAGACAGAUUUUGAGUCUGUUUGGCCAAGGCCUGAGAAAUUUGCCCAUAUCCACCUCCAAGGUCAACCAAUCGAGCGCCGGGUUUAUCUAGUGUAGACCAGUCGAAUCCAUUGACAAUGUCAAAGAAGUUGAAGUCUUUAUCUUCGACGCAGUAUUUCAUC